GUUUUGGCUUUGUUACAUUUGAAAUUGAGGAUGUGGUGGAGAAAGUCUGCGAGAUCCAUUUUCAUGAAAUCAAUAAUAAAAUGGUAGAAUGCAAAAAGGCCCAGCCUAAAGAAGUGAUGUGUCCCCCGGGGACACGAGGUCGGGCGAGGGGCCUUCCGUACACUGUGGAUGCCUUCAUGCUGGGCAUGGGCAUGCUGAGUUAUCCUAACAUUGUAGCAACAUAUGGCAGAGGUUACACUGGAUUUGCCCCAAGCUACAGCUACCAGUUCCCAGGUAAGUUCUCUUUUAAACUGGUGAUUACC